CCUCCGGUACGGCUCCCACAUCUCACCCCACGAUCUCGAGUUCUCAACCCAAUUCGUUGUCUUCCCCUCUCCUCCUCCUCCUCCUCCUUCGAUCCCCUCCUCUUCCCGUCCAUUCCCCUCUCGGAUCCACCCCCCGCGGCGGCGCCGGCCAUGUCCAAGUACGGGACCAUCCCGACCUCCUCCUCCUCCUCGGGGGCGGGGGCGGGGGCGGGGGCCGCGUCCCCUCUCGACUUCAUCUCCCGCGCCAAGGCACGGGGCGCCACGGCGCUGGCCACGCGGCGGCCGUGGCGGGAGCUCGCGGACCCGCACGCCGUGGGGCUGCCGCCGAGCCUGGGCGAGGCCUACCUCCGGGUGCGCGCCAACCUCGCCCACUUCGCCAUGAACUACGCCAUCGUCGUCCUCGUCGUCGUCUUCCUCUCCCUCCUCUGGCACCCGGCCUCCCUCAUCGUGUUCCUCGUCUGCAUGGUCGCCUGGCUCUUCCUUUACUUCCUCCGCGACGAGCCCAUCGUGCUCUUCGGCCGCGUCGUCGGCGACGGUGCCGUCCUCGCCGUGCUCGCCGCUGUCACGCUCGUCCUCCUCCUGCUCACCAACGCCACCGCCAACAUCGUCUCCGCGCUGCUCAUCGGGAUCGUGGUCGUCGUGCUGCACGCCGCCCUGCACAAGGCGGAGGACAACGUCGAUGAUGAGGUCGGCCGCUGGUACACACCGGUGCCCCCGACGCCGUCUCACUAGAGCGAGGAUCUGAGUGUGGUUCACGCAGAAAUGUGCUGUCACACUGCCUUUUGUUUAUUCGAGCCGUGUCAAGUGAGCAUUGUUAAGUUCGUUCUAGUGAAUGCCAUUUUUUUUAAGAUGGCGACUGGCGUGUUUCACGCGCUGUUGGCUCAACAGGAAGUCUUGGAUCCGAUCCAGCGAUGAUUCAGGGCUGUGAAUUGCAGCAAAUUUCACUUGUUUAUCCAACUUUUGUCAACGCUAUGCAGCUUUCCUUGUUUUCAUGUGCUACCAAAUUGGUUGCACAGAGAGUAAAAAUUGCACUUGAUUCAGGAGUUGAGAAUCAAUGGCCUGUAAGUUGCGUGUGA